AUGUCGUACAAAGACCAGCUCGCCGCCGCGUUCACCACCGCAAUGACCGUCUGCCUGCUCUUUUGCGGCACCGUGAGCCCUUGCAUCUCCGGCCUGCUGGUCUGGUUCCCCUUCGGAGGAGACUAUGACGACAAGAUCAAGUCUCUGACCCCCUGGAUGCUGGUCUUCGCUGGCCCGGUUUCAAGCACCAUCUCUCUCUACUGCCCCUACGACCAAUGUUACAACUUCUGUUGCUUCCUCCUCUUCGUCCUCUGGUACUACAAGAAAGAUUACACCAGAGCCGCCGUCGCUGGUCUCUCUCUUCCUCUCGUCUACGCCGACCAACGCGACUGGACUAAGACCAAACUCUACACCACCAUCGAGCUUCUCGUCGUCUCCUCUCCUUACAUCAAACGACCCGACUACCAUUCGUUCAUGCACGAUCGCGUGGCGCCAUUCCUCCUCUAUCUCGCGAGGUCAAUCGACCCCGAGGUUGGCACGACUCCGGCCCAGCCUCAGCCCACGCUCUCGGAUGCCGCCGAGAUCGAGCCCGCCGAUGCAACGACCGAAGCACCGCCGCCGCCGCCCCCUGCUCGUCCGGCCAAAGUGGCCACCAAGCCCAAGGAGCUCGUCUUGCCCGCUGCCCACCGCCAGACUGCCAUUGGCAGUAAGUCGCGCAAAGCACGGCUGAUGGAAGAGUACCUGUCAAAGCCCAUGUCGAAGCCCGUCUCGAAGCCCGAGAUGGCUCUUGCCUGCAUCCCUCCUCCGGUCCUCGCCCCUGCCUCUGUCGUUGCUGUGCCGGCUGCUGCCGACCCCGUCUCGGUGACUUUGCCGGUUGCUGUUACCUCUCUCCCUGUCUCUCCUCCUCCUCUUCCCUCUCCUCCUCUUCCCUCUCCUCCUCUUCCCUCUCCUCCUCUUCCCUCUCCUCCUCUUCCCUCUCCUCCUCUUCCUCCUCCUCCUCCGCCUCCGCCCCCUCCCGAUGCAGUGCCGGCUUCUGUCGUCUGUGAGCCUGUACCAGAAGCGAAUCUGGCAGGACUCUUCGCUGUUGCCCAACAGCAGUACCAGCAGCAGUACCAGCAACAGCACCAGCACCAGCAGCAGGAGUACCAGCAGGAGUACCACCACUACCAGCAGCACCAGCAGGAGGAGGUGUACCAGCAGCAGCAGCACGUGAACAGGAACACGAACGAGGAUAUGGACAUCGAGACGACCAACGCGGUCGUCAUCCCUGCUUCCGGCCCCGACGUCACAAUGGAAGAAGACGAGGAGCCUCGGGAGGAAGAGGAGAAGCAAGACGAGAUAAUGGGAGAGACCCCCGCCGUUGUUCGCUCUGCCCCUGUGUUAUCGGGUGUCCCGCUGCGCUGUCUCGCCCCCCCUCCUGCCGUUGCUCUCCCCGUCGUUGCUCCCCCGGCCCCUGAGCAAUCGGCUGCCUCGGAGUCGUACGCAAAGAUCCCCAAGUCUCUCCUACUAUCAUGCAGCAAGAAGAACGACUGCAACAUCCUACCGCCGCCGCCGCCAGAGAUAGGUCACCUCAGAAAGAGCAUCAAUCCCGAGGCCGAAUUGGAGGAGGAGUCAAAAGACGACGAUGACGGCUACAAUGGAAAGAAGCGCUGGGCAAACCGUGGCCACCCACCCUUGGACGAGAUCUCAGUUGCGCUCCUCGAGGAGAUCAUGAACGAGAAAGACGCCAUCAGCCGUGCAGCGCAGGCGGAAGCAGAGGAGUUGCGCAAACAAGCUGAGGAGACUGCCGUGCGAGAGAAGGCCGAGGCCAAGGCCAAGAAGAUGGCAGAGUUCCAGGCGAAGAAAAUCGCCAACAUGAAGGCGUCCAACGAGCGUCUCAAGAGGAACGGCCCUCCGAAGCCUCAGGUCUUCAUCCAGAGGAGAAAGCCCGGCGAGCGCCCUCCUCGGACGUAG